AUGUCAGGAGGUAAUAGAGUUAUGCAAAAGUCUGCUCUCUCAGAGAAGAAUCUCUAUUCAAAAUUCUCCAAGUUAAUAGGGAAACUGGUAGCUACCGAACCAGGAGUACAGUAUGCCCCGUUGUAUUACAAACCCCUUGAAAAGGUGAAAGAAAUCCAGUUAGGAAAACACAAAGGGAAUUAUGACAGCUUCUUUACUAUUCCACAUUCUCUUCAUAGCUCUUUAGAAUGGUGGAUUUCCAACCUCCCCCUCUGCUAUAAGAAAGUGUCACAAGGUCCACCCAAACUUGUCCUUUAUUCUGAUGCUUCGAAACUUGGAUGGGGGGCGUAUAACAAAAAUGACAAUGUCCGUACUGGCGGAGAGUGGUCUAUUGUGGAACAGUCCUUACACAUAAACAUUUUAGAGCUGAAAGCUUUUCAAUUUACAAUCCUGACCUUCUGUAAAGAUAUUUCAGACAAACAUGUCAGAGUAUUUACAGACAAUACCACUACUUGCUCCUACGUGAACUGCCUAGGGGGGAAAAAGCAUGAAUUGAAUGCUUUAGCUAGAGACAUUUGGUUUUGGUGCAUAGCACGAAAUAUUCACAUUUCUGCGGCACACGUGCCAGGCGAACAAAAUUCUGAGGCAGAUGAACAAUCGCGAACAGUUAAUGAUGACCUGGAAUGGGCGCUGAAAUCUAAAAUUUUUCAAUCAGUUGAAAUUAGGUUUCCGGGCAUUUCGAUAGAUUUGUUUGCUUCUAGGUUAAAUCACAAAACACCGCAGUAUGUUUCACGAAAGCCUGACCCAAACGCACUAGCCAUUGAUGCUUUUGCAUUAACCUGGACAGAUCACUUGUACUAUAUUUUUCCUCCUUUCAGUCUCAUUCCACGAAUUCUGCAAAAAAUAGAGGAGGACGAGGCGGAAGCAGUUCUUGUUGCGCCAAUAUGGCCAACGCAAUGUUGGUGGCCCAAUCUGUUGCGCAUCAUCAUGGAUCAACCUAUUCGGCUCCCAAAUCCACAGAGGAUUCUGUUCCUUCCACACAAGCCAGACAGAAUACACCCUCUCAAAAAACUCAAAUUAGGAGUUUUUCAUGUAUCAGGACGAUCCUUCGCAGAAGAGGUGUCCCAAAAAUGGCGUGCAAACUCAUACUCCAAUCCUGGAGGGACAGUACCAAAAGGCAGUAUGACACAUAUCUCAAAAAAUGGAUUAAAUUUUGUGGAUCUAACAUAA